AUGUCAUCGUCCACCGCAUAUGACGAAGACAACACCUUGCGACCGCCGCCCCUUUCAAAAUACCUGUUGAGCAUCCUCGGCUCGGCGGAAAUGGGGAUCGCGGCGCCAACAUCCCUGCUACUUUCAAACCAGCGCCUACACACGCCAGCACCCGUCCCUAAGGAGAUCACCCCUGAAUAUACUUCUAAACGGGAUAAAACUCCGCUUUCCCAGCCCCGAAGAAGACGUUACGGACAAAAAUUGGGCCUCCCUCCGAAGCUGAGGCCUCCCUUAGCUCCGGUGAAGAUUAAACCAGUUAAUCGUGAAGCUAAUGGUCACGAGACUCCCAUCAAAGAAUCAUCAAGGAUAAACAACGAUGAGUUUGCUGUCCCUGCGGCUAAACGACCGUCAUUGGCUCCGGUCGUAGAACAACAAAUACCACCAAAACAUUCACCCAUCCCUCAAUCGCUGCCUAAACCUGAACCACAUCAUCAAUCACCUAUGGAAAACGCCGCUGCAAUGGCUUCGCCGCGACCACCACCCUUAGCAAUGCCUCCAGCGGCUCGUUUUGAGCCUCCUCCUCCAUCACCAGCUGCGCUUAACCCUCCACCACCAUUUGUCGUCUCACCCCACGAUCUGUCUUCCCGCAUAUUCUUUGUUAAUGACCGACAAUAUAAACCGGUAGAAGUGCUUGGCCUGGGCGGCUCAUCAAAGGUGUAUAAAGUGCGUGACGCCAAGCAAAACACUUGGGCUUUGAAACGGGUCAAAUUCGAUAAGUUUGACGACCAAAUCAAACAAUCAUUUGCUCGAGAAAUCACACUAUUGCUUAAACUCGCAAAGCUGGAUCGGGUAGUGUAUUUACACGACUAUGCCAUCAAUGAUGAUGAGCUUUACCUUGUGAUGGAACUAGGGGAACGAGAUUUGGCCCACAUCAUCCACCCCCGAUUAGAAGGCCGUAUUGAACCAGAAACCCAUCUCCAGUUUGUGCGCUUUUACACGCUGGAAAUCCUCAGUUGUCUUCGUGAAGUCCACGCCGCCGGUAUUGUCCAUCUGGACCUUAAACCGGCUAAUUUCAUCUUCAUUCGAGGUAAGCUUAAAGUGAUUGACUUUGGCAUUGCUGACGCAUUGGGCAAUACCACCAUGAACAUCUACCGCAACCAGCAAAUUGGCACUCCUAAUUAUAUGGCCCCAGAAGCGGUGAGUGAGGCCGGAGGCCAGUGGAAGGUGGGUAAACCCAGUGACGUGUGGCUGAUGGGGUGCAUGGUGUACCAGAUGAUCUAUGGCCAGCCUCCUUAUGCCAAUAUCGAAUCACGUCAUCGUUUACAAGCGAUUCGCAACCCUCAGCAUAUGAUUAAGUUUAGACCCCACGGUGUUGGUGGACUUAGAGUACCACCCUCGGUGUUGGAGUUCCUUAGAGGUACCCUCGAGCGCAAUCCUGACGUUCGGUGGACGGUGGAACAAGGGCUAUCGCUGGCGUUUCUUCGUCCUCCCGUGAUUUCAAACUCAGUGAUUCGCGACAUCGUCCACGAAGCCAUCAACUUUGGCCACCGCCACGGCGGACGCAACUUGACGGUGGACGACUACGAUCAACUAGUGGCCCUGGCGGUCCGGAAGAUCAACGGUCUCGAGUGGACCUACACGGGGGUGUCUCCCGAUAAUUGA